ACUUAAUUAUAAGAAAAUAUUCCGUAACAUUAUUGAGGAAGAAGACAUGAAUAAAUUAAAGAGUUAAUUAUUUGUUUGUGAAGCAAAGCGCAAAACAUGCAACACUCCACACGCUUUAGUUUUUCCUUCGAUAUUCCUUCCUUCGAUUCGUCGUUAACCAGCAAUAAUGUAACAUGUUAUUGUUAUAAUAAAAAAAGCAAUAAUAAUAAAAAUGCCACUCUCCUUAAUUUCCUCGCCGCACAGCCGAUGAAGGUUCCCGCCGGGAAACCCCAAGCACGAAGAAAAACCGUCCCAAAGAUUAUUCUCCCCUUUGUACCCAUCGUCCUUUUCUUCACCGUCAUCUCAAUCGUCCGAUAUUCCCACCGCGACAUCUCCGGCGACACGAAUUCCCCCUCGUCCUUCAUCCUUUCUUCCGAUGAUAGUUACGUCGCGUCCGACGUUGUAACAAAACAUGCAGAAGAAGAACACGCCGGAGAGCUUUCUGAUGGUCGACUGUACGAUCGUAGCGGCGAAAGUCAGUCGCCACCGCCGCCGUCAGAAACCACCGCCAUGACGGUGGAAAUAGAAAAGAAUGGCCGCGGUGAAGACGAGGGCACAACAAAUAACACCAACGGACCUUAUAAGGGAGCUACUCAAAGCAGCACGAGAAGGAGGUCAAAGAAACGGCCAAGGAGACGGCAACGUCGCCGCCGUGAGACAACGUUGGUGGCCGCGAAGAGGACGGAAACGAAGGCGGAGGAGGACGACGACGUUAGGGUUUUGGCGGCGGAGGUGGCGGGAGGGGGCGGUUGUGAUCUGUCGGCGGGGGAAUGGGUGGGGGACCGGGAGGGACCGUAUUACACGAACGUGACGUGUGACUGGGCGAUCCAGGAGCAUCAGAAUUGCAUGAAGUUCGGAAGACCGGAUACCGGGUAUCUGAAGUGGAGGUGGAAACCGGAUGGGUGCGAGCUGCCCGUUUUUGACCCGGACCGGUUCUUGAAAAUGGUCAGAGGGAAAUCUCUGGCCUUUGUGGGGGAUUCGGUGGCCAGGAAUCACAUGCAGUCAUUGCUUUGCCUCCUCUCCUCCGUUGCAAGGCCUGUGGAUGUUUCAACAACAGAAGACGAAAACUUCAAACGUUGGGAAUACGGAGAGUACGACUUCAACAUCACCAUUUUCUGGUCGCCCUAUUUGGUCCGGACACAAAGGACCGACCCCAACGACGUCACCCGCCCAUUCAACCUCUUCCUCGACGAGUUCGACCAAUCAUGGACCACCCAAAUCGGCGGUUUCGACUACGCCGUCAUCUCCGCCGGCCACUGGUUCUCCCGCCCCACCUUCUUCUACCUGAACGGCAGCCUCGUCGGCUGCCAGUACUGCCCCCCCACCCCUAACGUCACCCACCUCCCGUCCACCUUCAGUUACCGCCACGCCUUCCGCACGGCCUUCCGUGCAAUCACCGGCACGGAAGGUUUUCGGGGCGUGGCGUUUCUGAGGACGUUCGCGCCGUCCCACUUUGAGAACGGGCGGUGGGACCGGGGCGGGGACUGCGUGCGGACCGGACCGUUCGGGAGGGGGGAGAAGGUUUUGGAUGGUUAUAAUUUGGAGUACUACAGGAUCCAGCUCGAGGAACUGAGGUCCGCCCAGAGGGUAGGGAGGGGAAAAGGGAUGAGAUUGAGGUUGUUCGACACGACGUUGCCGAUGCUGUUGCGGCCGGACGGACAUCCGGGGAAGUUCGGGCGGCCGGCGAGUCUUAACGCUAGUAAUGUCCCCAGCGACUGCGUGCAUUGGUGCUUGCCGGGGCCGAUAGAUUCGUGGAACGAUUUCUUGUAUGAGUUGAUAAGAAGAGAGGUAUAAUAGAGGAGCCCUUUCGUUCUAUAACAUUGAGAAUCGAUGUCAUGAGAUCAUCUGGGGGUGUUUCGGUGCAACGAAGAGAGUGAGAGGUCUAUCGAUCGAGGUUAGGGGUAGGAACCGACGAUUUUACGAAUGGGGCACUGGAACAUCCUAGAGUCAUGUCAUGACAUUAAUUUCCAAUGUCAUGAGAACCGACCUCUAGUGAGAGAUAAUGCAAAGUUUUAAAAAAUUUAAUUAGUGUGUACUGCUAGAUAUUGGUUUUUUUGUACAAAGUGAUUUGAUUUGUGAAAUUUGCACUAAAUAGGAUACAUUGAG